AUGCAAGAAAUAGAGGCAAAAAAGCAAUUAAAAGCAAGUGAAGGGGCACAUUUUUUUUACACUCUAAUAUUCUUAUCGGCUUCAGGAAUUAUUGAGACUUAGUUUAUUGAAUAAAAAUGCAAUUAGAAUCUUCAGUUAUUUGUACAUUUGGUUUUCUAUGGAUUAAUCAUCUGGGGAACUUACAUACUUAUUACUUUAAUUCCAAGAUAUAAAAAUGCUGCGAUUAAUCUUUUUUUUAAUUUCUUGGAUAUUUGUUUUGGCAUCUACAUCAUUUUACUAUUGAUUUAUGGAGGAAGAAUGUAUUAGUCACCAAGCGAUUGUUAAACUGAAGCUCCAGCAUUAUUUUUCUUCUUAGAAACCUUUUUGCUUGUAUUUUGUUUUAGGAAAUUUAUUAGGUUAACGGUAUCAUUUUUGCAAUUUUGUUCUUGGCAUUCAUUUCGUAUGUUCUUAAGAGAUUUUCGAAAUCUUAAUAAGUGUAUGAUGAUAAUAAAGAAGAAUUUUACGAUGCUUGAUAUUAUUUUUAUUAUAUAAAUGAAUAAUACAAUUUAAAGUAUAAGAAGACCUGUAACCUCUUAAAAUUAUAGAUCGAGUGACAAGUUGGAAAAACAAAAUAAUGAAAAACUGCCCAAUUUAAGUGAGGUUAUGAGUCUAAAAUUGAAAUAACAGAGCGAGAAGGAUUUAUAGGAGCUUAUAAUAAAUUUAGUGAAAAAGGUUCAACAAUAGAAUUCUGCAUUAGCAUUAAAAGAAAAAUAGAUUUUGCAAUAUGAAUUCAUGAUUAAGUCACUUUAGAUAGCAAUAGACAAACGAGAUUGCAUAAUCAGUGCAUUAAGAGUCGAAAAAUAGUAAAUUGUUGAAGUAGUGAAUCCACUCAAAAAUGUUGUUAAAUCAGAUGAGUCUUCAAGGUAGUAGAGUUUCAGAGGCAAAAAGUCAUUAAGAACCAGAACCAAGGACACUAAUUUUGAUGAAAAUCUCAGUGCUAUUCUUGAUUCAGAUUAUGCUUUGUUAAGCUAAUAUGUCAAAUGUUAUGAAGAACUCAGUCAUUUGAGUUAAAUAAAGACUCUAGUUUCUAAUGAGGAGUAGUUUCUUGCAAAUAUACAAAAAAUGGAACUCAGUAAUAUUGUGAAUAUAUUUGAUGCAAUUCAGUUAGUAUUGCAUGAACACAAAUUGUUAUUUAAAAAUGUGAUUAAGUAAAAUAAACUAUUUCAAGCUUGUUUAGAAAUGCAUGAACAAAUUCCAUUAAAUGAUCAAUUAGAAAACUUAUAGGACCUAUUAAAAGAUUGUCUGAAUUGUGAUAGAGUUUAAGUUUAUGUAUUGGACAAUGAAUAAUAAGAAUUGUGGGCUAAGUUGAAGGAUAGAGUGAGCAUGUUUUAGGAGAAAGGAAUUAUUAAUGUGCAUAACGCUUAUAAUGAUCCUAGAUUCAAAAAAGACAAUGAAAAAGGGUACAAAACAAACACCAUUCUAUUAUGUCCUAUUUUAGACAAGUAAUAGAAUUCUAUCGGAGUUAUUAUGGCUGUUAAUAAAAUAAAUGGACACUUUAAUAAUGAUGACCAACUCUAUAUAACAAAGACUUCAGAAUCGACAUCUAUCUUAUUGAGAAAUCAUCAACAAUCCAAUGAAUCAAUCAGUAUUUAGAAUGCACUUAGAAAUGUGAUUUAUGUAUUGAUCAUUCUAUGUUAGGCAUAAUUAUAACUUAUUUAUAUGAAUGAUCUGGAAGCCAUUCUUUUUGAGUCUGAAAACUUAUUGAAGAAUCUGUUUCAUACUCAAAAAGGACUGAUUUAUGUUGUCAAUAAUAAUAGGUUACUUAGAGUGAACGAAAAAAAGCUACUUGAGAUUUCUCAAUUGGGAGUAGGUAUCAUUGGAGAAGCUCAUAUUACCAAAGAAUUCUUAUGCAUUUAGAAUGCCUAUAACCACCAAUCAUUCAACAGUCUCAGUUUGUAAAUAGAUGAUUGA